AUGGCUGACAUGUUGUCUCGACCGACCAACCACAAGCGGUCUCAUUCCGCAGGGAAGCGAUCGCGCUCGCCUGCGAGGUUUCUCACCAAAAUGAAAUCAACCAACGCCCUCUCGGAUUUAAGAAAUGGUCGAAAGCUUUCUCCAGCUGGGUUGGAAGAUCUGCAGGAAAGCGAUUUCAAUACGCUCAGGGACCCGCGAGUUGCAAGCACUACCGAUUUAUCCGGCACCGCCGACUCGUCGCAUCACCCGGAUCUGAACAGCGAGGUGGCCACUCUGAGUGCCAAGCUAGUGCAAGCAAUCAACAUCCAAACCAGUCUCGAUGAUUCGCUAUCGGCCACUCGUCAGGAACUGGACGCAGCACAACAACGAUUGGCAGUUGUUGAAUCCGAGAAUGAACAGUAUCGCACAGACAUAUCUAGUGGCAUCAUGGUCAAACGUAGCGAUGUGGAAUCGGAGAUCCUGUCUAUGAAAACUGCUCUAGAAGAGGAACAAAACAAGCGUUCGGUGGCGGAGCAGGAAAAAAGAGAGAUGGAGCAGGAGCUGGAGACUUUGACUGCGGCACUUUUUGAAGAAGCGAACAAGAUGGUUGCUGCUGCAAAACAAGAACGGGAAGCGGUGGAGAAGAAGAAUGAGCAGCUUCGUGCCCAGAUCCAGGACACCGAGGCACUGGUCGCGUCUCAAAAGGAACAACUUGCGGAAUUGAAGACAGUUAUGCAAGAUAUGAAUUCUUCACGAGAUGAGACUGACACCACGCCCAACCAGUCGACCGCUCCUUCAUCGCCAGCCAUAGCAAUGCAGGCCAAUAUAGGCCGCCUUUUAGAUUCCUCCAACCUCUCUUCUGCUAUGAUCGCUGCUGAUAUAUCUCCUGCGCCCUCCACUUCUUUCCCUCAUCUGAUCAAGCCGGUUUAUCGAGUAGACAUGGUUGCAUAUGACGACUUUCGUGAGCUGAUGAACUUUGCCAAAACCUCUAAGCCCUCUAGUCGAGUUGCAAGUGGCUCGUACGGGGGCUUGAACGUUAUGGGGCUUGCUGGCUUGACUUCGAGCGGCAGUAAUUCGAAUGUUGGCGGUACUCUGACCCCCCAGUCUUCGACACCUAACGGUAGUCCUCAGCCGAAUGUCGUCCACACGCCGUUAAAGGACACUCGUUUCUACAAACGCAUUCUUGUCGAAGAUUUUGAGCCUACACUUCGUUUAGACGCUGCACCUUCAAUUUCUUGGCUCACACGUCGAUCUGUUUUUAGCAGUCUCUGCGAUGGUACACUGAUCGUGGAACCUAUGCCCGCAAGCCAUAAGAAAUACAUGUUUCCCUGUAGUCUCUGCGGCGAGCGACGGACAGACGAUGUAAAUGAACGUACACAUCGAUUCCGGACAUCUGAUAGCGAAAGUGCCCAGCGAUACUCUCUUUGCGUUCUUUGUCUUGAGAAGGUCCGAGCUUGCUGCGAUUUCGCGGGCUAUCUCAGAAUGAUUCUCGACGGCUACGUACAUGUUGGAGACGUGGAGGAAGAGAAGGAAGCAUGGGAAGAGACAAUUCGUUUACGAGAGCGGAUAUUUUGGUCUCGCCUUGGAGGUGGUGUCGUGCCCUCUUUCACUUCUACUGACGAUUCCGAGAAGGUCGUGCCUGUAUCAGAUUCUGCUGCUGUAGCGGAAUCCAAUACCACGGAGUCUAAGACUGAGACCGAAGUUGAGUCUUCAACACCAGAUGGCACGGCCAAAGAGAUUGCCACGACGCCUCCUGCUUUGCCGCUGCGGAAUGGCAACGUUGAGAUGGAUUCGAUCGACUCUGACGUCAAGACGGUGUCGAUAGUAGAAACCGAAAACAAGACUGAAGAAGUCGUUAGCAAGGGAGAGGACGACGAUGACGAUGCGGACAAGCAAUUGCACACUGACUUGGAAACCACACUUCCAGACGCGUCACAUUCCAAUGCGGCCACCUUGGAUGCUCCAUUUACGCCAACAACUGAGAAGGCUCAACAACCCAAUGAUCACGACGACUCAGAGAGUAAUGACUCGGACAAUUUGAAGGCCGUCCCUGGUGCUUUUGACUAA